AGGGCGGCGCUGGGUGUGGCGGGAGCUCGUUAUUACAGCGCCGCUCUGCACCUGUCCUAUUAUUUCUAGGCUCGGUGACUGACGGUGCGGAGACGUCGGACGGAUUUACCACAAUAUACACCAGGCUGACUACUGAAAGGAGGUUAAUUAUGGUACUUUUAACCACCGUGACUUUUCCUACAGGGCAAUCUCCAUCAGACAUGAAGGAAACCACAAGCUCUUCAUCUGGCAUGGACAGUUUUGACAAAGCUCUCGUUGGAGGUGUAAUAGCUGCUGUCCUCUUAACAUUGCUGAUUGUGCUGGUGCUGGCUGCCGUCUACUUGUACAAACACAAGGGCAGCUACCGAACCCACGAGACGGACGAGGAAGGGGAGGCACACAAGGCUUUACAAGUGAGCAGUGACUCUGGAGAAGGAAAGCAGGAAUACUUCAUGUGAUCUGCACCAGAAGUUAUGGACUCAAUCACUUUCCUAUUUAUUUGGUCUUCUGUCUCUGAUCUAAACUAAGAAAAAAAUGUACUGGAGCAUAGAGCACGCUGGAUGCCUUGCUGUGGACACGUAGCUUUGCAACAAUUCCCCCCCACCCCCUUUCUAGCAGCAGUUUGACACUAUCCAUACUGCAUUUGUCCCCACCUAGGUAUUAUUUUUGCACCAUGUGCUUCUACCACUUAUGGUUAUGGAUGUAAAUACCACCGUUUUUAAUUUUUAGCGGUGAUUUUUAUUUUUUUUGUAAAAACAUUUGAUACAAGAAUCUCUUCUAAUCAUUAAUUGUUGACAGUUGUGUUAUUUUGCAUCCAUGUCAGAUCCAACUUUUUCUGAAAUAAAGUUUCUUACCUUCCUUUUA